AUGAGUCCUCGAAAUCGCCCUCCCGCGCCCAAGCCAAAGCCGGGCGCGCGGCAGGCGGUUGACUCGACCGAGACGACGCAUGACUUUACAUUUGUCAACACGACGGGGGCGCCCAACCUAUCACAGCCGGCGGCUAAGCUCAUGAGGGGCCAUGUUACCAAAACAAACUUCGCAAAGAGGCGGCAGCGCCUGGCCAGCGGCGGCGGUGAUGUCGCGAACGAGUCCACGGCGGGAUCGGGAUCGGAUAGGGGCAGCAACAGCAAGCAGAGCACCGCGAGCCCCGAAGCUGAUCAAACGGAGCCGGAGGACGACCUCGCGCAGAUGAACCCCACUGGCUCCGAUACGAGCUCACCUCCGUCUGCAGGCCUGCCCGGCUAUGAACAGAUCCUUUCAAAUUAUCUCUCCCUAGCAUAUUUGGAGAAGAAGGAAGCGGCACAGAGCCCGGUCCAGACCGCGUGGCUCCAUUAUCUUGAUGCCGAGCCAGCGCUCCUGGCCAUUAUUGAUGCCGCGAUGGCGAUCGCAUACGGCGAGUCUCUGUCGGAACCUAGGACAGACCACACCGCUGAGGCAUACUCACAAUAUGCCACGAACCUGCUCAUCCAGCGAAUCCAAGCAGGGGUGGCGAAAGCAGACAACAUCUCGCCUAUUGUCUUAACCAUGACAGUUUCGGCGCGUCUCAUGGGCAAUGACUCACUCUGGAACAUGCACAUCAACGGCUUGGUGGCCAUAAUCAAAGAGAGGCGCCAACAAAACAAACUAGAGCUCCUUCCGUGGCUGUGCGACGUAUUAAUCUUAGACUCAGUCAACUACAUUUUAGGCUACCCAAGAGUGUAUCACUGCAAGUUGAUUGAUGCGCUAGAGAACACCAGCCAAAGCUUGUCGGAAGUUGCCCGAAUAUCCGAUGACUUAAUCAAGAUGCGAGAACUAAUCGACUUGCACCUAUUAAACCACAAACACACGGACCAGAACCGCAUUGUCAGCCAGAUCGAUGCUUUGUCAAUCCAAUUAUUUAAUCAAGCAGAGAUCCUCCUGACCGACGGGAAACCGAACGUCCGGGUGUUUGCGAUAUGCGUCGAGCUCCUGCUCAAGCUCCUGUGGCCGCCACUAGAGCUUCAGUCUCAAGAGAAGAUCACAAGCCUCGUCAGCGAUUUAAAAACAAAUAUGAACCAGAUCCCGUUCAAGCCGUGCGGGAUCUAUAAUGACUUCACGUCAUGCCCGAUUAUGCUCGGCGCUGUUUCGGGGGUGAAGGACACGCCCGCCAGGCAAUGGUGUGUGAACACGCUGAAGACCGCACUGGCCGGGAUACGACUACGAGGAUGGGGGGAACCGCUCACAAUUCUGGAGAAGUGGCUUGCGAAGGAAACAAUGCCCAUGGAGGAUAUCAGAGGUUUAUGGAAGGAGGUAGCCGAUGGCGAGAUGCCGAUAGAGGAUGAACUUGCCGGCAUGUGUGUGUCGCCAUUUAGCAGGUUGUCGCCGCCAACCUAA